UGUUCCUGCCCUUUUUCUCUUUCAUUCUACUGUGCACUCUGCACUUUAAGAAACAAACUUCUUGCAUACAGUUUGAGUCAGCUGAUGCAGUAGUGGUGUAGUACUGUUCUGCUUGCAUUUUAAACGUACUUCUGUUGCUGAUGAAUUACCAUGUAAGAGAGAUACUACAUCAAAUUCAGUCAGAACAUUGUGGAGUCUGUGGGUAAUUUCAGCCCAUGCAUGCCUCAUUCUGAAGUAUAGACAGUGUGCACAGUAUGGUACAAUCUGAGCUAACUUCCAUUCCGUUAACUACUGUAAACUGUCAAGGCCAAGUUGCAGAAGAGAUCAUGAACCAAUCGUCAACUUCCUCAUCAUCAUUCAAAUCAAAGAGACAAAGCUGUCUUCAGGAGAGAAGAGGCUCAAACGUCUCCCUUACACUGGAUGUAAGUGCCUUGGGAAAUAUUGAACCCAUCAAGUCAAUCUCUACUCCUCGGGAAAUUACUCUGCAAUACUUACAAACCACCAGCUUUCUGCUAAACAAGGAACAACUAAAGGAAGCUAUAAACAAUUCAGAAGCCCUGGAAGCUGAAUUCUCGAAAAUUCCACCUAAUUUUAUUGAAUCCAAUGAGUUGAAUAUCCCAGGUCAUGCUUCAAAAAACAGAUAUAAAACUAUUUUACCAAAUACACAGACCCGAGUCCUCCUGUCAUCAGAGAACUGUGAUGAUCUCCUAAGCUCGUAUAUUAAUGCUAACUACAUAAGAGGAUAUCGAGGAAAAGAGAAAGCUUACAUUGCUACUCAGGGCCCCAUGGUAAAUACAGUAAAUGACUUCUGGGAGAUGGUAUGGCAAGAAGAUUGUCCAAUAAUUGUGAUGAUAACAAAGCUAAAAGAAAAAAAUGAGAAAUGUGUUGUCUAUUGGCCGGAAAAGCAAGGUUCCUUUGGCAGGUUUGAUCUUGUUGUAAACAGUGUGAAAGAGUACGAUGGGUACAGUGUUCGGGAUCUAAGCAUUAAGCAUUCCAAACAGUCUCGAAGUGUAAGGCAUUAUUGGUACUCAUCUUGGCCGGAUCACAAAACUCCAGAUACAGCACAGUCACUUCUAGAUCUUGUACAAGAGGUGGAAGGAAGCAGACAGAUUGCUGGCAACAGGGGGCCCACUGUAGUCCACUGCAGUGCAGGGAUUGGGAGGACAGGCUGUUUCAUUGCCACAAGUAUUGGAUGCCAACAAUUAAAAGAAACCAACAAAGUGGACAUUUUAGGGAUAGUGUGCCAAAUGCGGAUUGACAGGGGUGGAAUGAUCCAGACUAGUGAGCAGUAUCAAUUCUUGCAUCAAACAUUAUAUCUCUAUCAGAAAAAUCACUCCCAGAUUUCAGAUCCAUCAUCAGUUUCAAAGUGAAUUUUCUUCACUCUGGUGGAUGUUCCAAAUAAAGUUUCUCAAUAGAAAAAAGUAUAAGAUUAUCCAUAUAUGACAACUAAAAUGCUUCUGCAAUUGCAUUAUUCUGAUAUUUAUGCUGCAAUAGAUUUCCAUUUAUCCAUAGUAUAAGAUAGUAACUGGAGAACAUAGGUCUGUAUAUCAUUACGGAUGAGUGGUAUACUGAAGCACAUUUCAGAUCAAGAUUCUGAUCAUUCCCCCAGUUGUUUUUUUUGGUCCAGAAGUCCCCACCAGAUUACAAGUCUCUCUUGUAUUCUUGUGAGAAUUUAUCACAUCUGUUUUAUGCUUUAUAGUUGUUAAUUUAUUAAUGAACAAACAACCUGAAAUUCAAUUACAACAUAAUUAAGGAAAAUUUGUUUAUCCAGAAACAAGCUCUGAAAUUCUAAUAGAUGGAGUCUGUAAUAUUCAGCCAGUUUUAUAAUUAUUUCAUUAACAUGCAUUACUAAAAGCUCAUGAACAUCAAUUAUGGUGAGCUAUAGUUACCUGUUAUAUGUUUAAUCAUGGAAAUGAAGUUGUUUUAGUAUGUUGCAUUUUCUAGUCCCAUCAAGGUGUUACAAUGAAGUGUUUCAACCCAGCUUUAAAGGCCAUCAACGGAACAGUGAGGCAGUACAAUGUCAAGGAAGAACUUCUUAAUUUUUUUUGAUUAAUUUUUAUCAGUCGUUCAUUUCCACAUUUAGUGAACAGAUAUAAAAUGGUACUGAAUACUGGAUAUAUUUGUAUCAAUGAUCCCAGAGUGCUACAUUUUCUCUAAUACUAGCAAAAUUAUACUCCACCAGAACAUAGUUAAUGUGGUCAGAAGUAGAUGGACUCUAUCACACACAGUAUAAGAAGAACUUAAGUGGAAGGAUGAGCAGUGAGGGUACUUCGGGGAAACUAAAGAUAUUUAAAUUCCAAUUCUACUACUGAAAUUCAAUUUCCAAUGAUGCUAAGGUUUGUAAAAGUCUGUCAAGAGAGCUAAGUUAUACUGUUAUUUGUACCUGAUAUACACUUCAUUUGUUCUCCAGUGGCUCUAUGUGUACAUUUCUACCAGUUGUUUGAGCCAAAGUCAGAUUGUUGACAUACUUCUACACCAUUCAUUUUCUGCAGUAUCAGGAAGUUGCACCUGCUGCCCUGAAAUAGCCAUCUAAGAAAAAAUCUCCAAUCAUGUCCACCUUUAUUCCUAUUAAUAUAUGUAAUAGAAUCCAUUCCUGGCUACAAUAACUGCAUUUUGGUUGAGUGCAAUUUAGUUAGAUAAAAACAAUCAGCAGAGGAGGGGCAAUCAGCAUUUUAGCAUUGACUAAUUUAUGGCAUAUGCUAAAUAGCCUUUCAACGCAUUGAUACCCCCCCUCGAUAGCAAUGCUUUUUCACAUUUUGCUUUCAAUUACUGUAAUCAUGUCUAAAAGUUCAGAGAUAUUUCCAAAAAAUAAGUUUCCUAAUAGAAUCACUUAAUAAAUUAUCAUUUCAAUAUCUUGCAUGAAAAUACGCCCAAUAGAAUAUUAGUUUAGAAAGAUCUUAAUUUUCAAGCUUCAAGCAUUAUAUUUUACAACAUCCUAUUUUUAAAAUUUAUGAUACUAUAGUGGUACCCUAUCAAAUCAAAAGCAGAUUGGGCCUAAUAAGAAUUUGGAUUAUCCAGCAGUUCUACCUUGCAAUUGCUGGUAGUUCAAGUUAAUUGUAUUUUUAAAAGUGCAAGCUAUUGACAUUUUCUUUCUUUUUAAAUCUUUUUAUUGAGUAAGUAUACAAAAAAGGUAAGCCAUAUAAACAUUAAUACAAUGUUAAAGUACAAUAAAAUUCCAAAAGAUAACAAUACCAAAAAGAAAAUACUACAAACAAUGUAAUUUAAGCAUAAGAAACCAAGAUAACAUAAUAGUAUACUAGAUUUUAUAUAUAUCAAUGGAAAAAAAAAAGAAAAAAAAACCCCCCAAAAAAAUCCCACCGUGCAACUACCUAAAAGCAAAGCAAAGCAAUGGGCUAACUUGAAACCAAACAGAGUUAAACUUAAAAUCACGUCCUCAAUCCCGACCUCCAUUAAAACAUGGAGUGCUCAUGGAGUGCUCAUGGAGUGAAGUCGCGUUCUUGACUCGCUCCAUUACCUCUGAGUUUUUUCUCUCUAUGGUCAGCUAUACUUUAAUUAACUAUUAAGGCAUCAAUUUUUACAAUACUUUGAAUUAAACUGAAUUCUCUGACAAUUGGAUGAUACUGAGAUCGGCUAUGUCUAAGAACGGGAAAGACGGCAAGGAUGGUAAACCUCCGGUUAAACCGAAAGCUACGGAUCUCCCUCCGACUGAAUCACCGGUGACUUUGAAAGCGAUAUCGGAGU